AUGAAGUCUUCAACACGCCGACAUACAUUACAUCAGGCCGGUGUGAACUCUGAGUCCAGCUCCUUCUGGCAGCUUCGACACGAGAACCUGUCCGACUGCUUCUCCUCAGCUCAGUCACACAAAAGCAACAACCGCCCUCGUGCUGUGAUCCGCUACGGGACCGAUAACUAUGGAGGAUAUGAGAACCGUCUUUUCAAAGAGGAGGACCUCACAGGAGAGGAAGAGGAGAUGCCUUCCUUUAGAGGUCGUAGCAGAGGAGGCUGUGUGAGGUGCCAGCAGAGCAGCUCACUCCAGCUGGCCGUCAAGGUUCUCUAUGGAUUCAUCGCGUUCCUCAUCAUCACAGUGGCCGUGCUGGCAUCGCUUGUCUUCAGGAAGGUGGACAGGAUGUCGGAGGAAGAGUCCGUCUACCACAGUAAAAUCACCAAAGCUCAACAAGGAAUCGAUGACCUGAGCUCCACCUCCAACUGCUCAGGCUGUCUGGAUGUGACGCUGUACAGCGAGGAGAUCAGCCGGCUGAAGAGAGAGUUCGAGGACAUCCAGAAAAUGAUACUGGGGCAAGAGCAGCACCUGGACCAGGCGUCACAGACCCAGGACACUCUGAAGGCCACCAACUCCCGGCUGAUACGUGAUAUGCAAAACCACCUGACGAUGAUCAGGUUCCUCAACCAGUCUCUGGAGAGGUACCUGGAUCGGGUGGAGGCCUGGAAGGAGGUGAUCGAGGAAAGUGAGGAGAAGAUGAACACGCUGACGGAGGAUCAGUACGACGUCAAAGCCACGGCGCAUCAGGUCAACACCACAGUGGCUCUCAGUGCAAUGUGGAUCGACGCCCUGCAGAGAAAAGCAGACGAGGAGACUCUGGUCCUCCAGAAGCUGACCAGCGACUGGCAGAACUACAGCCGCGUCCUGACCGCUCUCAAAUCAAACACAAGCAUCACCACGCAAAACAUGCGCUUCCUCCAGAACAACGUCGCUGCAGACCACCAGAGGAUCGCCAUGACCACCGAGGUGUACUACGCCCUCAAUCAGCAGGUGAUAAACCUGCAGAUGCAGCUCGAAAAUGUGACGUCUUUCAUGGAUGAACACGAGGAGAACAUGCAUGACCUUCACUACCAUUCCAGGUACUAUGAGAACCGCACAGGUGAGCGUUUCUCCGCCUUGGACGGUCGUCUGAACUCCAUCAUGAUGGAGAUCGAAACGGUCUCCUCCAGCAUCAACGCCACCGUCAGCCACGUCCAGAGCAUGUACAAGUACAUCAACAUCGAGAGCUCGUCCUGCCAGAGCCGCCUGGGCAGACACACAGAGGAUCUACAGAAUCUGAACAGCACAGUGUUGUUACUCCUACACAUGGCCGACACCCUGAGUCAGCAGAGCAUGAUGUUGAAUGUGCGACUGGACGUGGACGUCAGGAACCUGACCAUGGUGAUGGAGGAGAUGAAGCUUGUGGACGUUCACCAUAAACAGCUCAUUACCAACUUCACUAUAGUAAAAGGGGCUCCUGGACCCCCGGGGCCCAAAGGUUACCGUGGUGAAAAUGGUCCAAAAGGGCCUUUAGGACUGCCUGGAAGCAAAGGGGACAGAGGCGUCUUAGGAAGUCGUGGAUCCGCUGGACCGAAGGGGGCUCUUGGUCCUUUAGGUACUCGAGGUGGGUCAGGGCCCCCCGGCAAUAAAGGGACAGUCGGGAUCAAAGGAGCCAAAGGUGCUCUUGGUACCCCAGGGCCAGGUGGUGUACCGGGCCAGAAAGGUGACAUUGGUCCCUCGGGUAGAGACGGUCUUCCAGGGCCCCCAGGGUCCACAGGGCUGCAGGGUCAGUCAGGACUACCAGGCAUCAUUGGGCCAGCAGGACCAAGAGGAAAACCAGGGCCAGUAGGGGCACCCGGACCACCAGGAACCCCCGGACCUCCAGGCUUUUCAUACAGACAUGACCAAAUCAACACGCAGAAGCAGACCAUGGCGCCUGUCGCUGGGUCGAAGAGGCAGUAG